CUCUUGAAAGUAUCAGUUCAAGAUUUACUAUUGACACAAUAAGUGUAGAGGGUGGUUCUUCAUAAAGGAUUAUUAUAAAAUUAUAUUUACAUUUAAAUUUUAUGUAAAAAUAUAUUAAAAUUCUACAGUAAAAAUAAACUGUUAAUUUUUUUUGGCUUAGAAUAUUAAAACAAAACAUUAAAAGUGAUUUGACUUUUUUUAACGUAAGUAGGUAUAAUAAUAAAAACAAUGAUUAUGGACGCCCUGAAAAAGAGUGAAGUUGAAAAACCAGCGUCAUGCCUCGGCGUGCGGCACGUGCAGGUCCUACUGCUGUUCCUGGCCAUGCUGCUGGCGCACAGCAUGAGGACCAACCUCAGCCUGGCCAUCGUCGCCAUGACCGACCCCAGCAGCGAAGAUUCAUUCGCAUGGGACACCCAGCUCCAAGGCCUGAUCCUGUCGUCCUUCCUGUGGGGCUACGUGGUGCUGCAGGUGCCGGCGGGGGAGGCGGCGGCGCGGUGGGGGGGGAAGCUCCCCAUGUGUGUCGCCGUGGGGGGCAACGCCGCCGUGUCGCUUGUACUGCCGGCGGCUACUUAUUAUGGCGGUUGGCAAUUCCUCUGCGGAUGUCGGGUGCUGCAAGGACUGUGUCAAGGGUUCUUGUUUCCCUCAACUCACUGUCUCCUGUCAAAAUGGGUGCCGUUAGAAGAAAAAAGCCGUCUGGGAACCAUGGUUUAUGCAGGUGCAUCCCUAGGCACUGGCCUGCAGAUGCUGGCGGCAGGGUUCACGGCACGGUACCUGGGCUGGGCGGCCAUCUUCUACAUCAACGGCUCUCUGGGCGCCGCCUGGACCGCGCUCUACCUGCUGUACGGAGCCGCCUCGCCUGAGGACUCCAAGAUUAUCAGCAAGGAAGAACGGGACUAUAUACAGGGGUCACUUGGACAUGUUGAGGGACAGAAGCAAGUGGCGACCCCGUGGCGCUCCAUGGCAACCUCUCUGCCGUUCCUGGCGCUGCUGGCCGUGCACGCCGGGCAGACGUACGGCUUCUGGACGCUCAUGACCGGGAUACCCUCCUACAUGAGCCAGGUGCUUGGCUUCGAUAUUGGCACUAAUGGCGUGAUAUCAGCGCUGCCGUCGUUAGGGCUGUGCCUGCUGAGUUUCCCCACCGGGUUCCUCUCAGACCUCGUGCUCCGGCGGCGCUGGCUCAGCGUCACUGCUUCACGGAAACUGUUCAAUACUGUAGGUCUGUGGGGCCCAGCGCUGGCGCUGAUUGGUCUGUCGUACUCCGGUGACGUCACGACGGCCGUCGUGUGUCUCGUCUUCUCCGUGGCUCUCAAUGCUGGAGUUAUACCGGGAUUUAUGUUGGUGCACCUGGACAUGGCUCCAGCCGUGGCGGGCCCGCUGAUGGGCGUCACCAACGGCAUCUCCAACGGUCUGGCCAUCCUGGCGCCACUCGUCACCGCCGCCAUCUUGGACGAUGAGACCGACCCCCUCCAGUGGCGAAAGGUGUUUCUCCUGUCAGCACUUGUGUACCUGAUCACCAACGGUUUCUUCCUGCUGUUCGGCACCAGCGAGCGGCAACCCUGGAACGAACCAGCCGCUACCAGCAAGUGCCAACCCUGCCAGCCCGCCGCUGACCCUGAUCGGAGUAGCAGUGGUAAGCGUCCCUGGACACUGUGAGAGUUGCAUUUUGUG